UGCGGAGCGGAGCCCGGGGCGGAGCGGAGCCGGCCGAGCGGGGGGCCAUGGAGAAAGCGGCCCGGGGCGCUCGGCACACCGACUAGAGCCAGCGGCUGGAGCCGGCGCCAUGGAGCGAGCGCCGGCGGAGCAGGUGACACUUCCCUGCUGUAAAGUUUACAGUCUCUCAAAAUAUAGACCAUGAGCUGGGUAUGGUGGUGCACACCGGUUAUCCCAGCCUUUGAGAGCUGAGGCAGGAAGAUUGUUAGUUUAAGAUCAGUUUGGGGUACAUCAUGAGACACUUUCACAACAUGGAAAUUCAGACUGAGGAAAAUAAUAUUAUGUAAAAAUGUCAAGCUUUCAGCUGAAGUAGAGCCAUUUGUUCCCCAGAAGAAGAAUCCUGAUGCGUUUAUGAUUCCCAUGGCUCUCCCACACGAUAAUGGCAGUGUUUCUGGUGUGGAACCAGCUCCAAUCCCCAGUUACCUCAUUACUUGUUAUCCAUUUGUUCAGGAGAACCAGUCCAAUAGGUUUUGCAGACAGUUUCCUUUAUAUAACAACGAAAUACGAUGGCAACAGCCCAAUCCAAACCCCACUGGACCAUACCUUGCCUACCCCAUUAUAUCUGCUCAGCCACCUGUUUCUACAGAGUACACCUACUAUCAGCUGAUGCCAGCGCCCUGCGCCCAGGUCAUGGGUUUCUACCACCCUUUUCCUGCGCCUUACUCCAAUGCCUUUCAGACUACAAAUGCUGUGAGUGCUAUAGCCACAGAGUGCACUGAGCGUCCAAAUCAGCUGGGACAGGUCUUCCCAGUGUCCAGUCAUCGAAACAGGAACAGCAACAGAGGUGCGGCCAUGCCCAAACCACAGCUUUUACAACAACACAUAAAAAAUAAAAAGCCGCAGGUGAAGAAUGUCGCUACUCAGAAAGAGACAAACGCAGCAGGUCCUGAUAGUCGGUCAAAAAUUGUGCUUCUGGUAGAUGCUUCACAACAAACUGAUUUCCCAUCAGACAUCGCUAAUAAGUCUCUCUCAGAGAGCAUGUGCACAAUGCUCUGGAAGCCCAAAGGCAGGAGAAGAAGAGUGUCCCACCCUACUGUGGAGUCCUCCAGUGAGCAGGGCGCUAGCGAGGCAGACAUCGACAGCGACAGUGGGUACUGCAGCCCCAAACACAACAACCAACCUGUGGCGGGGGCUCUGCGGAAUCCUGAUGCUGGGACCAUGAACCAUGCUGAAUCACCGGUCUGUGCAGGUGGUGUGAAUUGGCCCAAUGUAACUUGUCAGGCAACUCAGAAAAAACCUUGGAUGGAAAAGAACCAGACGUUUUCUAGAGGGGGAAGGCAAAGUGAACAAAGAAAUAACUCACAGGCUGGACUCAGAUGCCGAGGACACAGUAUGCCUUCAGAUAGAAGACAGAGUUUGCAAAAGAAACAAGAUAAUAAGUAUUUAGACCCUGGUCAGCCUCACAGAAGUGACCCAAAUUCCGAGUCUUUAUAUUUUGAGGAUGAAGAUGGAUUUCCAGAAUUAACUGAUAAUGCAAAUGCUAAAGAUGAGAAUAUUCAACAGAAGCUUUCUUCAAAAGUAUUGGAUGAUUUACCUGAAAAUUCGCCCAUCAAUAUAGUUCAGACUCCAAUUCCCAUUACCACCUCAGUUCCUAAACGUGCAAAAAGUCAAAAGAAGAAGGCAUUAGCUGCCGCCCUUGCCACUGCUCAAGAAUACUCAGAAAUAAGUAUGGAGCAGAAAAAGUUGCAGGAAGCUUUAUCAAAGGCAGCUGGAAAAAAGAAUAAAACUCCUGUGCAGCUUGACUUAGGGGACAUGUUAGCUGCACUGGAGAAACAGCAACAAGCAAUGAAAGCCCGGCAGGUCACUAACACCAGACCUCUGUCAUACACAGUGGUCACUGCAGCUUCUUUUAACACGAAAGACUCUGCUAACAGGAAACCUCUAACCAAAAGUCAACCCUGUUUGACAUGCUUUAAUUCUCUGGACAUUUCUGCCUCUAAAGUGAAAAAAGGAAAAGAGAAGGAAAUUGCAAAACUGAAACGGCCCACAGCACUCAAGAAGGUGAUUUUGAAAGAGAGAGAGGAGAAGAAGGGACGUUUAACUGUGGACCACAAUGUUCUGGGAUCUGAGGAGCCAACAGAAACACAUUUAGAUUUUGUUGAUGGUUUGCCACAGGAGAUUGUGUCCCAGGAAGAUACUGGACUGAGCAUGCCUAGUGAUGCUUCACUUUCUCCAGCAAGUCAGAACUCUCCAUACUGUAUGACACCUGUGUCACAAGGCUCUCCUGCUAGUUCUGGGAUAGGCAGUCCAAUGGCGUCUUCGACAAUAACCAAAAUCCAUAGCAAAAGGUUCCGAGAAUAUUGUAAUCAGGUUCUUUCUAAAGAAAUUGAUGAAUGUGUGACCGUUCUUCUCCAAGAGCUUGUCAGUUUCCAGGAGCGCACCUACCAAAAGGACCCUGUGAGAGCCAAAGCCAGACGGCGCUUGGUCAUGGGACUGAGGGAGGUCACCAAGCACAUGAAGUCAAACAAGAUCAAGUGUGUCAUCAUUUCCCCAAAUUGUGAAAAAAUACAGUCAAAAGGUGGCUUGGAUGAGGCUCUCUAUAAUGUUAUAGCUAUGGCCCGGGAACAAGAAAUUCCUUUUGUGUUUGCCCUUGGAAGAAAAGCUCUAGGACGCUGUGUGAACAAGCUGGUUCCUGUUAGUGUAGUGGGAAUCUUCAACUAUUUUGGUGCUGAGAACCUAUUUAAUAAGUUAGUAGAACUCACCGAGGAAGCCAGGAAAGCAUAUAAGGAUAUGGUUGCGGCAAUGGAGCAAGAGCAAGCGGAGGAAGCCUUGAAGAAUGUGAAGAAGGUGCCACAUCAUAUGGGGCACUCUCGGAACCCCUCUGCAGCAAGUGCCAUUUCUUUCUGCAGUGUGAUUUCCGAGCCCAUCUCUGAAGUAAACGAAAAGGAGUAUGAAACAAAUUGGAGAAGCAUGGUGGAGACUUCAGAUGGCUUGGAAGUAUCAGAAAAUGAGAGGGAAGGUUCCUGUACGCACAGUACUUCUGAAAAGCCGGGUGAACUUGCAUUUGACACAACCCCUGUUGGUAAGCAACCGCCACUGGUGGCGGCAGGCAGCACCACCUCAGCUGUGAACCAGGGGAAAUCCACAAGUGAUAAGGACGAAGUGAAGCCGGAUGACCUGGAGUGGGCCUCCCAGCAGAGCACAGAGACCGGCUCUUUGGAUGGCAGCUGCCGAGAUCUUUUGAAUUCCUCCAUCACCAGCACCACCAGCACUCUCGUACCUGGCAUGCUUGAAGAAGAGGAUGAUGAGGAGGAGGAAGAGGAGGAAGAUUAUACCCAUGAACCCAUAUCUGUAGAAGUUCAGCUCAAUAGUAGAAUUGAGUCCUGGGUCUCAGAGACCCAGAGGACUAUGGAAACCCUUCAGCUUGGAAAAACCCUUAAUGGUUCUGAAGAAGACAGUGUAGAACAGAGUGGGGAAGAGGAAGCAGAAACUCCUGAGGGGCCGGAGCCAGGGGUCGACAAUGAGACCUGGACUCCUGACCCGCAAGCCAGUCCUGAGCAGCCAAAGCCCGGUAGCCCCGAAAACAAAGAGCCCUCUGAUGCUGAUUCUCCUCCCCAAAGUAUGUAGCUCAGGACACACCAGCUGCUUGUCUCCAGCUUGUCAAGGUUGCGGCCUCUACUUGAUGCUUCAUCUCAACUUUUGCCACUGUCCAGUACUUACUGUGUUUUAAAUUCUCAACAAAAUUUUUGUAGCUUUUACCUAUUUUGUUACGAUCUCCAACUUUGCCUUUAAUUAGUAUCUAAGUCUCUUUAUAAAAAUUGUGUAGAAAAUUCAGAUUUGUUUCAACUUACUUUGUAAUGAAAACUAAAGAAGACCAAGUUCUAAAGAGAAUGAAUUUAAAAUGCUAUGUAAGGUUAUUUUACAAAUUAAAGAGCAAAGUUGUAAGGGUGAAAGCAGGUCCAAGUAUUUGCUCCAGUCUUCUCUACACUAAUGUGUCUGAUGGAGAAGUUACUCAGGCUCCUUUAAAAAGCUGAAGUGGGCUCAGAGACGAGCAGGCUCAGAGACAAGCAGGUGGUGAGUGGCAGGUCACAGGUGUGUGUUUAAAAUGGAUGCAGCUUUUAUUUGGCCCACAAGUGCUUGUUUGGGAAGUCACUGACCAUCGUCGUCCGUGAGAGCUGGGAUGGGCAGCCUGCAGAACUUGGGCAAGCGCUGGAGCAUCGCCCCAUUACAUUAGAGCUGGCUGGCCUCAUUUAUGGAAAGCGAUAGAUGUCUGUAAGAGCAAAUGGGUGCCUGUGAUGGGACCUCCAGGUUCUGCCCUGUUUGUUUCUUACCUCAGGAAUGCUCUUGUACAUAUUUAUGUAGAGUUAGGCAAACUCUGACAGGUGAAUCAUGUACAGGUUUGUGUAACUGCAGCACUUACCUGUGAACCACCCAGAAGCAAAGCUGUUGUGCUGUGUUCUGCUUCUGGUUUUGAACCCUCUUGAUUUGAGAUCUGGAUCUGUUUGAGUAUUCAAAUAAGUUCUCAUUGCAAGUCAUUUCAUCUUUUAUGAAGACAUUUCCACACCUUCCUCAUAGCAACAACCACAGUUACAGGAAGUCAGGGAAAGGAAUUUUAUAUAACCUGUAAUGUGUCUAGGUAAAGCUAGAAGUUUUAGAAGGGAAGAGAAAGUUGUUCUAUUAUGCUGAACCUUUAAGUGAUUUAGAGUAUACAAGUAUAUGCAGAAAUUAGUUUUUUAUUCACUUGAUUAUGUCUGCCCUUGUCUAGGAAUGUGUGUAUUUGCUUGGGAGAAUUGUAACCUAAUGACCUGUUGUAUUCGCUGGCCAGCCGCCAGACUUCGGUAGGCUCUCUCAUCCAUCUUUUUUUGUUUACUCUCCUCCCUCCAUCCCCAGCUACUAGCGCACAGAUGGACAUGUGAGCUUUCUACCUACAAGCCCCAACAAACGGACACAGAAGCAAGGAGGGAGGGGCACUUUCCUCACCCCGGUUAUGUGAGGAAGGACUCUGCCUGGGAGGGGCAGAAGAAAACACCGAGAAAAAUGCUUGACUUACGUAAUUGGGAGUACCAUGAUGGUCUUAAGGUUUUAUGCUGCUGGCAUUUAAUUACUGGAGGGGUUAGAUUUUUGGUUUCUGAUACAGUAUUUGUGAAAUUGUGAAAGUUUAGGAGCGUUGCUCUAUAAAACAUGUCAGACUGUCAACUUUAUUAGUGUGCUAAAAGGGACAGUAGUGUACUGUCCAGUCUAAGCUGCUGUCCAGUACAGACUUUAGGCACUAAUUACCUGGUACUAAAAAUUGGCACAUAAGGAAUGAAGCCUCUAAAGUGGUAAUCAUGGAUUGACACAUGGCAGAUUCUUACUAUCUGUAUAUUUGGAAAUGUGAAUUUAAGGAAAUGAUAGAGGUUUUGAACUACUGACAGUUUUGAAAGUGAAUUUUCAAACUUUUCACAUUUUUAUGAUAUUAUUUCUUGCUUGAUGUCAGUGAUUCAGAUAGCUCUUGAUCUUGAGGCCUGGCUUUUCAAAAGUUUCUUAUAUUUUAUUUCUUUUCUGGACAUGAAUCAUCAUUGUAGAUUUUUGAAAUUUUAUACUAAAAGAGAACUUAAGGAAAUCUUGAACACCAGUGACGUAAUUUUGCUACAGACUUCAGAAGUUCCACCUGUGCUCUCUCCACAGGCAGGGCUGCUUCUGACACAUCCAAGGGACCACAGCCUGUUUUAUAUGAAACUUGUUACUACUUGAGGACAGCCCAAGAUUUCUCAAAGGAUGUGCUACCACACUGAGUUUAUUUCCAUGUGUAUCAAUGAUAUCUUUACAACUUGUUUCCUUUGGAUAAACUUUGGGAUUUGUGUGUAUUGAGUUACAGGCUUUAGAGGAUGUAUGAGGAUCAGGAAAACGUUAUUUUUGGAAGUAGGGGAGGUUUACUCAUUGGAGACUUAGAAGGAAAUCAGAUGGUAAGAGUACAUCAGCACAAGAAGUAUAAACUGAUUUUUUUUCCUUAGUAUGUAGAAGUAGUAUUACUGGCAAUAAUUAAUGUUAGAUUUCUAUUCCAGUACAUGAGUAUGUGAAUUACAGUAUAAACUACACUCUCCAAGUUAGUUUUCUUUCGUAGGUUUGUUUGCUGUGAAGAUUACUCCUCAAAGACAAAGGUUCAUAAUAGCGUAACUUUGGUUUAAAUGUUUGUAAAUGAUGUAAUAUAAUUUCUUUUGACUAAACAUGGAAAAAUAAAUGUGUUAUACAUUGAAAAGUU